AUGCAUUUUCAGUGGCGAUGGAGGCCGAGCUGCUUCCACGUUUUCCGUCCAAUAAACGUGUUGUUCGAUCGCAGAUCGCAAUAAGUGUCCAGAGCUCCAUUGUGCUUUCCGUUAUCACUACUGACUUAUGACUCAUAAUAGAUGUCGUACCGGGAAAUCAUUCGUUUGUCUUAUCAAGAAAUGUGUAAUGGGUUUUCUUUUCGUUGCUUGUAUGAAACAUAUAGGCUGUUCUAGCUGUUCUUCAUCGAUCAGUAGGAAUGCAAUCGUCGAACGUGCAGGAUCGAGAAAUUUCCUUCACCAUGAUGCAUUGUUGGGGGUAUCUGUUAGUGAUCUGCAGUGGCAUGAUCAUUUCAUGCGUAGCGAAUGAUAACGCGGGUGAUUUUCAAGCAUGUCGGGAAGGUUACUGUGUAUUGGAAGAUUUGUGUCCAGAUGGAAUGUACAACGAAUCAUAUGUGCAGUCUAAGGAUAUUAUUGUGAUACGACUGGGUAAAGUAUGCCCGGAAAAGGAAGUGUGCUGCACAAAUGUUUCAAAAUCUACAGCAACUAAGCCUGCAUAUAGGGCUAAUUCAGCGGAGAGAGAAGAUGCUCCGGUACUAAACGUAUCCAAUUUUGAGUGUGGCGAGUUUAACGAGAAUGGAUUGUUUUAUGAACUGCGACAUAAUGACUCGCUGGCGCAGUAUGCCGAAUAUCCCUGGAUGGUGUACAUAAUGAAGAAACAAUCAUCCCCAACUGGUAGUAACUUUGUCUGUGGAGGUACAUUGAUUCAUCCUCGGUUUGUGGUUACAACGGCUCACAAUACGGAUGGAAAUUCGGACUUGAUCGCACGCUUCGGUGAAUGGGAUAUUAGCACCACGCACGAACCAUUUCCACAUAAGGAAAUUAGCGUUAAGGAGAUCAUCAAACAUCCCAAAUUUGUGCACAACCCGUUGCAGAACGAUAUUGCACUGCUUUUGCUUGUGGAAGACGUGCAAUACCAGCCACACAUUCGGCCUAUAUGUUUGCCGCAGCCAGACGAUCAGUUCGUAGGGAAACGUUGCAUUUCCAUCGGCUGGGGCGUCCAGCGAGGAGCUUACGCGAACGUGAUGAAGAAAAUAACGCUUCCUGUUAUCGAGCACAGAAACUGUAAUCAGAUGCUGCGUUUAGCUGGACUUGGACCGUACUAUAAUCUUCGGGAGGGUUUCAUGUGUGCCGGUGGUGAAGCUGGUAUCGAUAUGUGUAAAGGUGACGGAGGAUCCCCACUCGCGUGCCAAACUGACAGUGGAACAUUCGUGCUGGCUGGGAUCGUAUCGUGGGGCAUUGGCUGUGGAGGUCAUAAUUUACCAGGUGUAUACGUUGCUGUGAAUCGCUACGUAAAUUGGAUCAAUGAUGUCCUCUUGAACCGCGUUAUGGAUUUUGAUAUUAAAUUGUAAAACAGCAGCAGCGGACAGGCGAAUCUGUUCGGAUAUGAAAUAAAUAUGCACGGGGCCCCAAGUAUCCUCUUAGUUUGCGUACCGCUUCAUCCGCUCAUGGCCAGAACCAAUUCGUUUGGUGUUUGAGCAUGCGGCCCCUUCAAGCCACGCGGUCGCUUAGUUCGCUUAUAGGAAAAUCCGCCUCUGGUUAAGUAACUAUGUAUUGAUUUGCUAAAUAAAUGUUGUCCAGAUUUUCGCCACCAUGA